UGAAAGACUGUAAAUCUGCUUUGUUCCUCUGCUCCAUGGAGAAACUGUGAAAGUGAAAGUGAAAAAGUCUGAACACAGACGACGUGAACACAACCAGCCUCGCUAACAGAAGGUGAAGAAUUCAGACCUUGGUGUUCACAUCUCUGUAAAAUUUCUUUACUAAUAGUGAAAGAUGAAUCACUUGAAACCCGAUGGAGUUCCACCAUUCAAAAAGAGAGAGAAAUCAGCCCCUGCUCGAGCCAGCAGUGAUGUAAAUACAGAUCCUCCAUCAAAAAAAGUAAAACAGGAAGAUCUCUCAUCUACACUGAGGUGUAAGUCUGAAAGCACUGGACCUCAUGUUCAGGAGAUAUGUAAAUUCAAUCUGAUAAAGAAGUUUCAGCACUUGAAUGAGGUGAUGACAAAUCAGAGAAACCCAAAACUUCUCAAUGAGAUCUACACAGAUCUCUACAUCACAGAAGGAGACAGUGGAAAAGUCAAUAAGGAACAUGAGGUGAGACAGAUCGAGGCAGCAUCCAGGAGAGCAGCAACAGCAGAAACACCUAUCAAAUGCAGUGAGAUCUUUGAACCCUUGUCUGAAGAAGACAAACCCAUCAGGAUCGUUCUGACAAAGGGAGUUGCUGGCAUUGGAAAAACAGUCUCUGUGCAGAAAUUCAUUUUAGACUGGGCUGAAGGGAAAACAAAUCUGGAUGUUCUACUUAUAUUUCCACUUCCUUUCAGAAAGCUCAAUCUGAUAAAGGAUCAAAAACUGUGCCUGGUGGAGCUUCUUCACUUCUUUUUAAAGGAGAUAAAAGAAAUGAAUAUUUCCGGACUGGACAAAGUUCUGUUCAUUUUUGAUGGUUUGGAUGAGUGUCGUUUCCCUCUGGAUUUCCAGAACACAGUGAGAUUGUGUGAUGUAACUGAACCAGCAUCAGUAGAUGUUCUGUUGAUAAACCUGAUCAAAGGAAACCUGCUUCCCUCUGCUCUCAUCUGGAUCACCUCCAGACCAGCAGCAGCUGAUCAAAUCCCCCCUGAGUGUGUAGAUCGAGUCACAGAGGUACGAGGGUUCAAUGACCCACAAAAGGAGGAAUAUUUCAGGAAGAGGAUCAGUGAUCAGAGCCUGAGCAGCAGAAUCAUCACACACCUGAAGUCAUUAAGAAGCAUCUACAUCAUGUGCCACAUCCCAGUCUUCUGCUGGAUUUCAGCCACUGUUCUAGAGAGAAUGUUGGGUGAAGCAGAGAGUGGAGAGAUCCCCAAGACUCUGACUCAAAUGUACACACACUUCCUCAUCAUUCAGACCAACUUCAUAAAGAAAAAGUACACAAAGAGCCAAGAGGCAGAUAAAGAAAUGGUUCUGAAACUGGGGAAACUGGCUUUUCAGCAGCUGAUGAAGGGCAACCUGAUCUUCUAUGAGGAAGACUUGAUGGAGUGUGGCAUUGAUGUGAAAGAAGCAUCAGUGUAUUCAGGUGUGUGUACACAGAUCUUCAGAGAGGAGUUUGGGCUUCACCAGAGUAAAGUGUACUGUUUUGUUCAUCUGAGCAUUCAGGAACAUCUCGCAGCUCUGUAUGUGCACCUGACUUUUAUAAAUGAAACGAAAAAUGUUUUUCAGAAGAGUCAGUUUUCUAAAAGGUCCAUGCGGCUCAGAGACAUUCCAGUGUCAGAUGUUUACAAGAGUGCUGUAGAUCAGGCUUUACAGAGUAAAAAUGGACAUCUGGAUCUUUUCCUUCGCUUUCUUCUGGGUCUCUCACUGGAGUCCAAUCAGAACCUACUACAAACCAUAAUGACACAGACAGGAAGUAGCUCUCACAACACACAGGAAACAGUUGUUUACAUCAAGAAGAAGAUCAGAGAGAAUCCAUCAACAGAGAAAUCCCUCAAUCUGUUCCACUGUCUGAAUGAACUGGAAGAACAUUCUCUCGUUGAGGAAAUCCAACAGUACCUGCAAUCUGGAGAUUUACAUCAAAACAAACUUUCUUCUUCUCAGUGGUCUGCUGUGGUGUUUGUGUUACUGACAUCAGCACAGGAACAGGAUGUGUUUGACCUUAAUAAAUAUAUAAACAUAGACUGUACACCAGAGGAAGUUCUUUUGAAGCUCCUGCCUGUGGUUGCAGCAUCCAGAAAAGCUGAUUUUAGUAAUUGUGACCUGAAAGAAAAAGGCUGUGCAGGAUUGGCCUCAGUGCUCAGCUCUGAUUCCUCCAAUCUGAGAGAACUGGAUCUGUCUGGGAACAGAUUCAAAAAUUCAGGAAUGAAGGGUCUUGCUCUGGGUAUGAAGAAUCCUCACUGUAAACUGGAGAUACUGAAGUUCUGUAGUUGUCGUUUCUCAGAUGAAGGUUGUGCUGCUCUGGCUUCAGCUCUGACAUCAAACCCCUCACACCUGAGAGAACUGGAUCUGUCUGGGAAUUAUCUCAAAGAUGCAGGAAUGAAAUGUCUCUCUGCUGUACUGAGGAACCCUUACUUUAAACUGGAGAUACUGAGGUUGAAUCGUUGUGGUGUUUCAGAUGAAAGCUGUUCUGCUCUGGCUUCAGCUUUGAGAUCAAACCCCUCACACUUGAGAGAAGUGGAUUUGUCUAAAAAUUAUCUAAGAGACUCAGGGGUGAAGUGUCUCUCUAAUGGACUGGAGAAUCCUCUCUGUAAACUGGAGACACUAAAGUUGUGUGGUUGUGAUGUCACUGAUGAAGGUUGUGCUGCUCUGACUUCAGCUCUGAGAUCAAACCCCUCACACCUGAGAGAACUGGAUCUGUCUGAGAAUAAACUCAGAGACUCAGGUGUGAAAUGUCUCUCUGCUGUACUGGAGAAUCCUCACUGUAAGCUGGAGAUACUGAGGUUGUGUUAUUGUGGUGUCUCAGAUGAAGGUUGUGCUGCUCUGACUUCAGCUCUGAGAUCAAACCCCUCACACCUGAGAGAACUGGAACUGUCAAGGAAUAAAUUCAGAGACUCAGGAAUGAAGUGUCUCUCUGCUGUACUGGAGAAUCCACACUGUAACCUGGAGAUACUGAGGUUGUGUGGUUGUGAUGUCUCAGAUGAAGGUUGUGCUGCUCUGACUUCAGCACUGAGAUCAAACCCCUCACACCUGAGAGAACUGGAUAUGUCCUGGAAUGAAAUCAGAGACUCAGGAGUGAAGAUUCUCUCUGCUGUACUGGAGAAUCCUCACUGUAAACUGGAGAUACUGAGGUUGUGCAGUUGUGGUGUAUCAGAUGAAGGCUGUGCUGCUCUGGGAUCAAACCCCUCACACCUGAGAGAACUGGAUCUGUCUUGGAAUAAACUUGGAGACUCAGGAGUGAAGUGUCUCUCUGCUGUACUGGAGAAUCCUCACUGUAAACUGGAGACAUUGAGGUUGUGGUAUUGUGAUGUCUCAGAUGAAGGCUGUGCUGCUCUGACUUCAGCUCUAAAAUCAAAUCCCUCACACCUGAGAGACUUGGAUUUAUAUUUUAACAAUGUAGGAGACUCGGGACAUAAGCUGCUCUUCAGCCUUAAAGAUGAUAAACAUUACAAACUACAGAACCUGCGGGUGUAAAGACCUUCGUUUGAUAGAGACUCCAAUGAAGACAUUUUUAUUUAACGUUCUCCAUCACAGUGGUGUUUAUCACAUGGGAAACGUAACAUUUUGGUGAUUUGCAGAGAUCUGUUUCUGUUCUUACUUCAUGUGAUUCUUCCUGUGUGUAUAAACAUAUGCUAAAUAUUCUUCCAUUAAAUGACAUAAUUGAUACUUCA